UGUAAAUAAAAGUCACAAAUUAGUAAUUAUUUAUAAAUAUAACAAUGAGUACAAGAAAUCCUACUACAUUAAUGGCAAUUCCAAAUGAGGAAACUUUUGACUUUUUAUUUAAAAUUGUCUUGAUAGGUGAUUGUGGUACGGGAAAAACUUGCGUGGUUCAGCGAUUUAAAAAUGGCACAUUUAUAGAAAGGCAUGGAAACACAAUAGGAGUCGAUUUUUCCAUGAAAACAGUGAUAGUUGACGGUAAGAAAGUCAAACUACAAAUAUGGGACACCGCAGGUCAAGAAAGGUUUCGAACAAUUACUCAAAGUUACUAUAGAUCCGCCAAUGGUGUAAUAAUAGUGUAUGAUAUUACUAAACGAUCUUCCUUCCUAUCUGUGACUAGGUGGGUUGAGGAAGUGCGACGGUACUCUGGAAAUUCUGUAUUACUUGCAUUGGUGGGAAAUAAGGCUGAUUUAGAAACGUUAAGGGAAGUCGAAUUCGAAGAAGCGGAAGCUAUGUGUCAAUACAUGCCUGAGGUCUUGUUCGUUCUAGAAGCCAGCGCCAAAGAUAAUUCUAACAUUGAGGAAGCUUUUUUAUACCUUGCCACUGAAUUAAAGAGGAGGCACGAUAAUGGUUUGCUGGGAGACGACGAUGACGAGACUGUAAGACUGGGUGAAAGUCGAGCUGUGUCGAAAUGCAGUAAUUGUACAAAAAAUCUGCUCUAAGUAAUAAUUACGCAUAUUUAAAUCGUAAGGUGCCUUAUCAUGAACAAAAGUAACCGUUUCAUGUUAAUAUUAAGGAAGUUAUUUGUGGCAGUACUCCAUUAUUUACAUGAAACCAACUUGACUUGAAAAUGGAAAACGGAAAUGGAGAAACGAUUUUCUAUCUUAAUCUCUUUUAGACCGGGUGAGACACUUUUUUACAUUUGUUACGAAACUGUUUGAACUAUAAAUAGAAAUCAUGUACCUACCGCAAUACAAAAUUUCUGAGGUUUUGUGUCUCAAAACAAAUAUUAACAAUAUUUAACUAUGCUACAUGCUCUUAACAGUUUGAAAUUGAAAUGAUUAAUUAUAGAGAUAAGACUAUAUGAUAUAUUUAAAAUCUUUCUGCAAUUUGGUUUCUCAUUUUUUUUUUAACCUACUGUUCUCAUAUAAAGUAGUACUUUUUUUAGUUCAAUAAUUUGUGCAAUAAUAUUUUAUAUCUAUUUUAUUUCUAGGCUUGCUAAUAUUUAAAUUUACUCCGCUUAGGUAUUGCUGUUUGUGUUUUUUCUUUUAUUUCUUGUAGAAGAGAGACUAAAAUUAUAUUCAAAAGAUCUUUUAUAGCAACAUGACAUUUUUACAGCUGUGAUAUAUAAAUUUCAAUCCGAUUAGGUUGUUUUAUCAACAAGGAUAUGUUUUGGAUAUACACCGACAAUAAUUCAUUGAUUAUUAAUUAUCAAAUUUCAUAUAUUUGCUCAUUAGUCAUCACUCAAAAUAGCUAAUUGUAAGUUUAACUCUUGCCUAAUUUCCUAAUUGAUAUUUUGUCCAGUGAUACUUCUUAGUUUUAUACACAAUUGCAAAGAAAUUUGAAUCAAUUCAAAGAAACAUUUAAAUGCUAUCAUAUUUUAUUAAAAUAUAUUUUUGUAUUAUUAAUAUUUGAAUUAUAACCUUUGUUGUUUUGAUAUCAACAUUUUUCGAUUGAUAUCCUUUGAGGGAUCAUUAUUUGAACUCAUUUUUAAAAAUAUGCACUUCUAAUGAUCAAUUUCCUAACUAUAACUGCAUACAUAUCAUUAUUUAAAAUAAUAAUAAGAAUAAUACUCAUAUUUUUAGAGAUUUUGUGUGUGUCUAUGUGUGUUUAUUUAUUUUAUCGUCAUUUAGAACUAUUUUCACUAUUUUCAUGUAGCAAAGAUUCUGGGAUUAAAUUGUUAACUUAUGUCUAUAUAGUAAUCGUUAUUAAACAGGAUAACGACUGUUCUUGGUCAGUUUACUCAUUGCAUAAAGAAAUGAAGCCAGAAAAAUAGGUGUGCAGUAUCUUUGCAACAGGUUUUCUCAUUCAAAGUUCUUGAAAAUAGUUUUUCAUUUCACGUUGCUAAAUGUACUUGAAAAUGCACUCUCUCACGGUUUAGUAUAUUCUUGCCAAAUUUAUACGGUAUUCAAUUUGCUACCUAAAUUGUUUUUUUUAUGAUAUAAUUCGGAUUUCUUUUCACUUCAUUGUUAUAUAGGUCAAUAUAGAUAGGUAUAUAUGUUAGAUUAUGUGGGUAUCAUAAGUUGCAUUAUUUUAUUUGAAAUUUAUUUAGUACAAAAUGCGACUUAUGAAUAGAGAAUAAGUUGGAAAGUGCAAAGUUUGUCGAUCUUGUGUUGCCUGGAAAAAUGAAAGAUAAGGUGCUAUUCACUAGUGCCUUUAAAAAAAAAUGAAAAGAUUAUGUGAAAGAACUGUUAAAGUAAUAGGAGACAAUAAUUUGUUUUAUUUCGGUCUAAUUCUAAAAUUAUAGAAUUACAGAAUCUUUUGAAGUUGUUUAAAAUCUUCAAUUGUAGGUUUGAGAAUUAAUUAUGCCAUAUGUAUAUUUAGUAAUAAUUUAUUUAUUUCGUUAAUGCUUUUUACAUGAUUUGUUAUUAUAUUUACAAUGCGUAUAAUACAUAGGGCUGAUUUGUUGUCCGCUGUUAUACAAUCUUUGAAUUAAUGAUUUAUUAUUGGACAAUAAGAUAUUUAUAGUUUAUUUGAAGGUAUUUCAUAUGGAAAUUAUUUUUAUAAACGACACGAAGGUCUGCAGGAACAAAUCGGCUUUAUGUUCAUUGAGUUGUGGUAUUGAGUAAUAUUUUAAACAUAUCUCAUAAUUAACUUAAAUUAAUAUUUAUAUUGCAAAUAUACAAAUGUUGAAGGAGUGUGAGAUUCAAGAUCAUUGAUGAGACAAGACUGAGAUUAGGAUGGCCCUAAUUUGGUAUUAUGUAAAUCAUUUAAAUCUGUCCUACAUUUAUGAAUAAUUCGGCACUAAAAUUGGUAAUUAUUUACUAUAGCAUCACCCUGCCAAAGCUUCAUAAAAUUUUAUCUACCUCCCAUUUUCGAUAGUGCU